CAUCAAUCAUCCCAUCACCAUAUUCAAGUUCUCAUAUUCUUGCUUAUAGUAUAUUCCUAUAAUGGACCGUUCCAACAAGCCUUCAGCCAUCGGUGUGGGUGUGUCCAUUCCUCAACCCACCAUAUCCCUCCGCGACAAUACCGUCGAGGCCACGCUGCCCUCCGGCGAAUCCGCUACGAUUCACCUGUACGGAGCUACUGUCACAUCCUGGAAGCUCGCAAAUGGCAAAGAGCAAUUGUUUGUGAGCGAGAAGGCUCAUCUUGAUGGAUCAAAGCCUAUUCGAGGCGGUAUCCCUGUGGUCUUCGGCCCUCCUCCUCAGAACCAUGCCACAUCCUCCCUCCCACAACAUGGAUUUGCGCGAAACAGCACCUGGGAAUUCCUAGGCAAGUCAUCGUCGGAAUCCCUAGGCAAGGAUUAUAGUGGGGACGAUUCCGUUAAGCUCGACUUCGGCCUCUCCCGCCCUAUGCUCACAGAGGAAUUUCAGAAGGCUUGGCCAUACGACUUCGGGUUGGUGUAUAGCGUUACGCUCACCAAGGAAGGUUUGGAGACAUCCCUCCAGGUGCAGAAUAAGGGUAGUGAGAACUUCGACUUCCAAGUAUUGUUGCAUACGUAUUUCAAGAUCGACGAUAUCACCGACAUCCGCGUCAAGAACCUCGAGUCCAAGGCCUACGCUGAUAAAACCCAGAAUGCUACCGUUGUCACCGAAACAUCGUCUGCUAUCGAGAUCAACAAGGAAACAGACCGUGUUUACCAGUCAUUGGACCCCAAGGUUCCGAUCGUUGUGUCCUCUGCAAGCGACGAUAAGCCCAUUUUCUCCAUUACUCGGGAGGGACUUAAUGAUGUUGUUGUAUGGAAUCCUUGGAUUGAAAAGGCCAAGGGUAUGGCCGACUUUGGCCCGGACGAAGCGUACAAGAAUAUGAUCUGUGUCGAAGCUGGUUCCGUGUCUGGAUGGCAGACUCUGGAAGCCGGUGACUUCUGGGAAGGUGGUCAGACCAUUAGGCCGAGGCUGUAAAAAGGGUUCGAAUGAGUUCUGUUAGAUGAUGGACGGCUUCAUCUCUCGUCAAGCUUGCAGGUAAAGAAGUGCAUUGGGCCUGACCGAGUACCUUAUCAUUACUAUUGGCGUUGUUAAUAUAUCGCCCAAUACAAAUUUUACCUUGAAAGCAUCUUGAUGAUUUCAAUGUUAUAUAUGUUCCUAAAUGAUCAGUGUCAACGGUUCUACUGUUUAAUUAAAAACACUAAAUGACGAUUGGUCUGCUCUUAGUGAAAUAUUACGCAUAAUUUUCCAAGAACAGACCUAUUUACGCCCCACAAGCUCAUUUUGUGCAAAGUCUAG